AAGAAGGGUUAAACUUUAAUUUGCAAAUCAAAGCUGAGACAGUCAUUGAGCUCGUCGCUGAUAGCCCACCGAUCCUCGGACACGGUAUUUUUUAUAGCAAAAUCCUGGUCCAGUUUCACACGUACAGUUCUAAUCUACAUCUCUUUAGCUACCUUCCAUUAACACACCAUUGUCUUUUACAUUCCUAAGAUUUCAUACUCCAGCAAAUAGCAAGUUUACAUUCUUAUUACUUCGUGACUUAAUCAUGUUCUAAUCUACAUCUCUUUAGCUACCUUCCAUUAACACAACAUUGACUUCUACAUUCUUAAUAUUUCAUUCUCUUGUUAAAUUGGGUACAUGCAUAGCAAAUAGCAAGUUUCAAAGCUGACUACAUCUCUUAGCUACCUCUUAUUAACAUAUAUUAACACACCAUUGUCUUCUACAUUCCUAGGAUUUCAUCUUGGGUACAUGCAUAGCAAACUGACUACAUAGUUUUGGUUACACAGCAAAUAAUACAAGUUUUAUACUCCAUAAUAUUUUUAUACUCCAAUAGUACCAACCAGCUUGUAUUUAGCCCCUUCUUCAUACCAAACGUGUCCACGUACGUAUUUCAUUUCUUACAUAUUUAUUUAGAGUAAAAUAAAAUAUUCAAUUAAGAAGGCAAGCGUUUUUACACGAAGUAAAACCAGGUGAUGCUGCUACUGAUGGACAGUAAGUGUAUGAAAGGGAGGUCGCCGAAGCAGAUGGAUUGAAAUGCGGGAGAAUUACUAAAUGACGAGGAUGCAGGUGAGUUCGGACGCUAAGUCUUUGCCCUGAAGCAUUAACUUUUUUUUCCCAUCCCUGAUGCUAAUCUGCAAUGCAUUUCCGAUUUUCCCCAGAAUAAGAUGUAGGUCAUUUGGAAUCAAAAUGAGACAUAAAGGCGGUGAACUUUUGGAAUUGUCUACCUCAGAAAUCUGGUAGAGUAACUAAGCCAAGUCAAAACGGAGACGAUGGGAAUUCUAGACAUUAAAGGAUAGUGCAGGGAAAUGGAGCCGAGGUGAGAGUUUUAAAUAAAAGCACAAAACGCUGGCAGAACCUAUUGAAAAAUAUAUCAGACAUAACCACUAUAUAUACCUGAAAUAUAAUCACUAUGCAUUAGCUAUUUACUCACUAUGUAAUCACUUCUAGGUACUGAAUAUUAGUAUGUAUUAUUUUACUAGACACAUUUUGUUAUGUGUUGUUUUCACUAGAUACUUUGUACUCUCUUAGCUGCAUAUUAUGGCACUUACAGAACACCUGUUUGUUUAGCAGCACUAUUAGCUGAGAUGUAUCCCAUGUAUUACACUCAGCCUUUGUUUAGUACGAGAUAACGGUGGCGGACAGGAUACUGCGAGCAGGAAUGUAAUAACCAUAUAACCACGUGAGGGAGGUUGUCUGGAAAACAUAAUCUUGGCCACGAAUAAGGUCCCAAUGCGAAUGGGUGAAAAAUAAUGGUGACGCACCGAGAGCUAGGCAAGAGCGAUUGAUUAGUUAAUGAAUAGAUGAUAUGCAAUUAUAAACUGAUUGGGUGUGCUGAUGAAACCGAAAUGUAACUGAGAUAAUAAAUUACUAUAAAGGAUGCUGUACACCGGAGCUCGGUGGGCUUUCGGUGACAAGUUCAUUGAUUGCCAAUAAAGGUUUAAGCUUCUCGAAGAAUUGUCUGCGUCUCCUGGUCAUUCCAAGUAACCACGACAAACUCAGCAGGCCAGACAGCAUCUAUGGGAUGAGGCAGUGACGACGUUUCGGGCCGAAACCCUUCAUCAGGAGUUUUAAAACCUGUCGAACGGCAGAGCGCGGGUCAGAUUCUUAAGGUCUUUGUUUCUUGUUAGAAGUUUUCAGCAGGAACAGGUAUGUUCGCCUUUCAACUUUCACACACAACCCCAUUACUUGUAUUGCUGCUUCCUGAAUUGUCGUUCUUCUUACUUUGCUAGUCGCUGAGGCGGCGCCUUCCGCGCCCUUUGAGGAGGACUGCACCAAAUGGACAGGGUCGGGGUGGGCGGAGGUAGGCCUUUUUAUUAUACUGGAGAAACACAAGAGGUCCACUGUUCUCUGACUCAGUUUUAUUCGUACUCUAGGAGUUUAUUUGGCUGCCUGCUCGCGCCUCUGUGUGGAGGACUUUCUCCCGCCUCAGGUGGCUGUGACUUCGCUCUCCCCGCCAGUGCGGUGAGCCGAGCGAGGCGGAGUCAGCGGCGGUCGGGCAGCUCGGAGUAGGCGCGCAGCAAGAUGCCCGGCAAAAAGAGCCGUGCACCGACCGCCUCCGACCAGUGGGUGGUGCUUGCCCCAGAGUCUGCUAUUGAUGCACCAAAGAAAAGGGACUCCGGUCCUGUUUUUACUAAGCUUCGCAAUCCUAAAACAGGAAGUCCUGCCUUAUACCUUUUCAGCAGUGAUUGCAAGCAGGUUUAUGAAGUGAAGGCUUUUGAUGAAGACUAUCAUUCUUGGUUUAUUGGUCAGUCCGUUCAGCGUGAUGGAAGGCUUCUCUUUGUUACUCCCCUGGAUCCACUGUUUCUGGUACUUCCAUACUUUAACGCCAAUGAAAAGCAAGGAAAGUUUGAGCCAGCCGAUCAAGUAGUAAAGGAUGAAGAAUUUCCUGCAUGUGCCAGUCUACUGAAAUGUCCAAGAACUUUGGAAUCACUCCAUCAUGUCACUGAUGUGAAAGAAAUGGGUGAUCGAAAGUUUUAUAAGUAUAACAGAGAGAAAACCCUUGUGUGGCUAAAAAAGAAGGUUGAACAGACUGUUAAAGCACUGAAGAGCACUGGUGUCUCUGUUGGUGGAGGUGUUCAGUCCAGCAUGUUGAUAAGAAGUAAACAAGUCACAGAAGCAACAGAAGAGGACUACAUACGAUACGCUCAUGGUUUGCUGUCAGAUUAUAUUUCCAGUGGUCUAAAUACGGAGCUCUUCAAGUUCUUGAAGUUGCCAGCUAUUUCAACCAACGCAACAGUAAAUGAACCACCGUCUAAGGUGGCAGCCCAGCAACGCACUCGCAAGAAAACAAGUGUGCAAAGAUGACCUGAAGUGUUGAUUUUAAUCUAAUUCAGUGAGUGAGUGAUGUUGUGGAAUUUGGUCUAACAGAUUUAAACUGCUGUCAGAUUUAUUUCUGCAUUUCCCUUUCAUUGAUAUCUUCACCAUUAUGAGCUGUGGUUGUGGGGUGCUGGGUUCUAGAUGCAAUACUCUUUAAGCUACUUCAUUUUUUGAUCUUUCAAAUGAGACCUUGGGUGCAGUUGGCAGCAUGGAAAAUUACUACCUGUGGUAAUACAAAACAAGUAUUCUUUUCAAACACUUGUCACACAAUCAGAGGGCUCUGUCAUUUCCGAAUUAUCUAAGCAUGUAUGAGACUCCUAGUCCAUAUUUCCAAAUGCAGAACACACCAAUAUCAAUUCCCCAGUUUUCCUAUCAAAAAGCCUGUAUAAUUAACAAAAUAAAUGAGGGUAUGAACUGUUAUGUACCCUGUAACUGGGUCACUUACCAGCAAAGAUAGAGAGGUCCGUUGAAGUCUGAUGGUACUAUUUUUAACAGUAUUUUUUGGUAAAAAUACACAAAGAUAAUAUCAAUGCAAACAUACAGAUAAUAUACGUCGUCAAUACUAACUCUAACAGUGCGGGUAUGAUAAUAAUCAAUAAGAAAUAUGCUCUAUCAUUGUCUAGGGGAUAAUGUAUUGUCCGAUGGAAAUAUAAAAGUCAUUAGCUCAUUCAGGCUGCAGCUUUUGGUUGGAGAGAGAGACGGAGGUUUAGAACCUGCCCAUUUUCCGUUUUAUGAUGUCGAUCCUUCGAAGUGGCGUCGGUGGUGAUCUCUUCCUUAGCUAAGCCGCCUUCCAUGGUAGGGCCUCAAUCCCAGGGUAAUGGGAAAGGACACACGUAGGCCCUCCACCAGCUGUCGCUAUUAAACGCUGUCACGGGACUUCUAGCGUUUCUCCUAGUGCGUGUCAAGGGGCUGUUCCCCAGACCCUCUCUUAUCCUGACUCACAGGGUCUCAGAUGUCAAUCAGGGUGGAAUGAUGCCAUCCCCCAACCAGCCCACGUUGCCUGAGGGCUUCCAUGAAGUACAGUAUUCAAUACACAAUUCCAUCUCCAAGAGACAAUGGCCUUUUCUGUGGCUUUGUAUCGCUGAGGGCCAGGACAUUCCAAACAUCUCUCUCUUUUCCUGGGUCUCCUGACCUGAAUUAGUAACGAUCUUGCGAUUCUCUAAAAAGAGGGGGCCACUGCACCCCUCAGAGUUGGGUACAGGCGUAACAGAACAUUGAUUAUUAUUUCAACAUUUACUUCAAAUAUCGCCCACUUUUAGUAGACCUAUCUGAUUUAUGCAUUCCUUUUCCCCAGUUAACUUCAUAAAGUCAACCCCGCCUACAUCUGUUGACAUGCCAAACUUGAGAGAAUCGUGUCAAAAUUAAAAGCACUCACAAUUAAAAGCUGAUGUCCCAAACUGCUCCAAUGGCAGACUUGGGUAUGUUUUGAGAGCUGGGAAAGCCAACUAGAAAUGGUUCUAGAGGACUUAGCCAAAAGGGAUUGGUCCUUUGUGUUCUUGAAGCAACUCCUGUGAAGACAUGUGGCAUUAACUCGAGGCCAGCUUCAGGCAAGGAAACCUGUUAACUGCAAUGUGCUAUACUCAUUCAGGCGAUGAACUUGCACUCCAGUUUCAAUACCAGUUUGAAAAAGCACUAAGAUUAGAUACCCUGAGUGGGGAUCUUUACUAUCCAAAUGCUUAUCUGACUGAACCGUGAAGGCACAGUGGUACAGAUUGAACUGCUGCCUCAGCUCUAGUAGGUUCAAGCCUGACCUCUGGUGCUGUCUUAAGGAUUUUGCACAUACUCUCUCUGACCACAUGGCUUUCCACUAGGUGUUCCAGCUUCCUCUCACAACCCAUACGUAUGCUGUUUGGCUGGUUAGUUGAUUGUUACAAAUAGCCCCUAGUAUGUAAGUGAGUAGUAGAUAUUGUGGGACUAAUUGAAAAAAAUAAUUGGAGUAUUUUACUCAGUUUUGGUUGCCUCAUUAUCAGAAAGAAGUUUUAGAGAGGGAGUGGAGAAGAUUUACCAGGAUACUGUCUGGAUUAGUGAGCAUAUCUUAUGUGGAUAGGUUGAGUGUGCUAGGGCUUUUCUCUUUGGUUAAAAGGAGGAUGUGCAGUGACUUGAUAGAGGUGUAUAGUAUGACAGAAGCCAUUGAUAGAUUGGACAGCCAAAGACCUUUUCCCAGGGCAGAAAUGGCUAAUAUAAGUGGGCAUAAUUUUAAGGAGUUUGGAGGAAAGUAUGGGGAGGAGGUCAGAGGUUGGUUUUUUACAAAGAUAAUGGUGAGUGCAUAGAACACACUGCCAGUGGUGUUGGCAGAGGCAGAUGCAUUAAGGACAUUUAAGACACUUAGAUAGGCACAUUGAUAAGAGAAAUGGAGGACAGUAGGAGGGAAGGGUUAGAUUGAUCUUGGAGUAACUUAAAAGGUCAGCACAACAUCAUGGGCUGAAUGGCCUGUAUUGUGCUGUACUGUUCUAUGUAAUAAAAUGGAUUAGGGCAGGGUUCAGUGUUUCAAAACGGGUGCUUGAUGGUCAGAGCAGAUGGUAGGCUUACGGACCUAUUUCCGUUCGGUACCUCCUUAUGACUCAGUGACACUGUUGCCGUUAUCAGCAUUUGACAGCUACUGAAAACAAAUUGAUUCUCUCCUCACCAGCCUAUCUAUUGUAGAUGCAUCUGCCCAUUAAUAAUACUGGUAGAAGUGAUUACAGCACUGUUCUGAGGAAAUGAAAGUCAGCUUCACACUGAAGACAAUUCUCAUCAUUCUAUGCAGUAAUUCCAGAGUGUUAAAUGGAAUAGAUUUUAAAAAACUCGCAGCUCAAAACCAGACGUCCAGUCUAUAUAUACCAAGCAGGAGCAUUAGAAUCAGAACAGUAUUCCACAACAACCUGCAUGCCGCUUUAUAUCCUGUUUUAACUUCACUCUGCCAUAACCAAAUCUGGGGAUCAACCUUGAUUCAACUGGGUGUGUAAAAGCAGAUGAUGGGAGCACUGCUCGGUAAGCUUGAAAUUGAAGCCCCCACCUGGUGAUGGGUUAUAAGUGCAGCACUAACACAGCAUGCCACAGACAGAACUAAAUAAUAUAAUUUGUGGACCAGAUAAUAGUUCAGCAUUCUGUAAUGAAAUGAUGGUGGACACUUAUACAAAUUAUGAACAGACAUAGCUCCUGUGCUCAAAACGAUGGAGUCCAGCAUGUAAGUGCAAAAGACAAUGCUGAACUGUUUGCAACCAACCUCAAUCAGAAGUGUUGAUCCAUUCGGAUUCUUCGUGAGAUUCCUACCAUGUAAUAUCAAGAAACUAAACUUAGCAAUGACUAUAGAAUAGAUCAACGCCCCAGCUGCAGUGGUGGAGACUUGUGCUCAAUAGCUAGCCAUGCCAUCGACUUUUGCAGUGUUUUUGUUUCGUAUGGCAGUUGUUCACAUUUCUGAUUGAAGUGUGACCCAGGUGGAGCAGGCAUGAACUUGCCCACUUGGAGGCCAGGGCAUCCUCGUCUGGCCUCCAUUGAUCUUCGUCUGGCAUCUUGUCCAUUGCCUUUCCAACAUGGAUGGCCCUGAGUUGGCAAUGCCUGAUGGAGUCCUUGAAGCACUCAAACCUCCACAGGACAUCAAGGUGUUGAUCAAUUUCAUGGAGGAGCUUUUCCAGUACAACCACAACAGUGCCAUCUAUCCAACAAUGUGGAAAGUUACCAAGGAAUGGCCUCUUCACAAUAAGGUCUAAUCUGUUCUGGUCAUAUACUGCAAUAUUUGCCUAUGCAAAAUCAUCUGCAAAGUGAUGGAAGGAGCCUUCAACAGAACUAUUAAAUGCUUCUUACUUGAUCAUGCAGGUACAGCAGGCAGAUGAAGAAAGCUAAUGGCAUGUUGGCCUUCAUAACAAGGGGAGUUGAGUAUAGGAGUAAAGAGGUCCUUCUGCAGUUGUACAGGGCCUUGGUGAGACCACACCUGGAGUAUUGUGUUCAGUUUUGGUCUCCAAAUUUGAAGAAGGUCGUUCUUGCUAUUGAGGGAGUGCAGCAUAGGUUCACGAGGUUAAAUCCCGGGAUGGCGGGACUGUCAUAUGUUGAAAGAGUGGAGCGAUUGGGCUUGUAUACACUGGAAUUUAGAAGGAUGAGAGGGAAUCUGAUUGAAACAUAUAAGUUUAUUAAGGGAUUGGACACACUAGAGGCAGGAAACGUUCCUGAUGUUGGACGAGUCCAGAACGAGAGGCCACAGUUUAAGAAUAAGGGGUAGGCCAUUUAGAAUGGAGUUGAGGAAAAACUUUUUCACCCAGAGAGUUUUGGAUCUGUGGAAUGCUCUGCCUCAGAAGGCAGUGGAGGCCAAUUCUCUGGAUGCUUUCAAGAAAGAGUUAGAUAGAGCUCUUAAAGAUAGUGGAGUCAAGGGAAAUGGGGAUUGUGGAUGAUCAGCCAUGAUCACAGUGAUGGUGGUGCUGGCUCGAAGGCCCAAAUGGCCUACUCCUGCACCUAUUGUCUAUUGUCUAUCAAUAACUUGCCCACAAAUGUUUUGAUUGGGAUUUUACCAGGGUUACUCACCUCCAAAACUCACUACACAUGGUAAAAGAGCUGAAUUCUAGGCAUGCAAUAUAUGUAACUGACCUUGAUGUCAAAGCGGAUUUGGACAAGUGAGGCACUAAGAACCGCUAGUAAAAUUCAAGUUUGUAUAAAGUGAGAGAGAAUCUCUUGGCUAGAUGAAGCCACACCUGGCACAAAAAAAAAAGUUAGUUGUGAUUUUUAGAGCUGUAGAAUAUCACUAGAGGAGUUCUUCGUGGCAGUGUCUUAAGGCCCAACCUCUUCAAAUAUUUAAUCAAUAGCAAUCCCUCCAUCUUAAGGUCUGUGAUAAUUGCAGAGUGCCCAGUCCUUUGCCUUAUGUAGUGCAGUAGUUGAAGUCCAAACACAGCAAGACCCAAACAUCAUUCACACUUGGGCUGAUAAAUGGCAAGUAACACUUGUGCCGCAGAAGUGGGAGACAAUAUAGUCUCAGACAAGAUAGCACCCAAUCAUCUUGACAUUCAAUGGCAGUACCAAUGUUAACUCCUUUGCGUCCUUCGCCACAUCCAAUAUCUCCUUCAAUUCCACCCCCACCUCUGGCAAUGAUUUCCUCACAGUACACUCUGACAUGUACCAAUGAUGAACAUUGGAAUUGUUAACCUUGUUUAAUGAGUCAUAAUCUUUGCCCUAUGUUUGUAACAAUUUCUCCCUAAUAUUCUAACACAAAUAUGGCUAAAAAUUCCCUUACACCCCCUCUGAAAACUGGUCAUUUCCUUCAGUGCAGCUCAUGUGAUCAUGGGCUUUAUUACAAGAUAACUAAGAAUGAGAAAAAAAGUUUGGUACAUCUUUAUGAAGCCAGCCAAUCACUCCUCCUACUUUGCUUUUCAAUGUUUACAAGGUUUUCAUCUUUACUGAUGUAAUUGAAGCAACUGUAAUAUGUAAUAUUGUGUCUGAAACUUAUUUGUCAAAACACUAAGUAGAAUUUAGAAGAGCUUUUAAUAAGUAACUGAUGUGAUGUUUGAAAGCAUAUACUGUGUAUUUGUGACAGUCUAAGUAAAGAUGAAUAUGACUGGAAAUGUUAUUGAUUUUAGAUGGACUGACUAUCCUCUUAGAUGGACUGACUAUCCUCUGUUUAUUUUAAUUCCCUGGAUAAUUUUUAGAGAACAUAUAUUUUGUAAAUCUUGUUGUAUGCUUGCUUUAAAUAAAAGCUGUUGAAGUUUAAUUCCAAGGGGUGAAACGAGAAACACUUUCAUGCACUGAGAUGUUACAAUAUGGAAUUUGUUGCCUGAAAUAGAUAGAGGCAAAAAUAGAGAACUCAAGUCACUAUGUCCAAAAAUCUGUCCAAGCUUUUUAUAGAUGUCUGGCACAUUGUUUAACUCGGCUUUCAGACUAUACAACUCUGGAGGUUUACAUUUGUUAUGAAAUGUAUGUGUGCACACAAUCUCUUAAGGGUUUUCUGAGCAUCCGCAGUCAUUCACUGUUGUUAUAUGUGAUCACUGUCAGCAAGUGAAAUCUCACCUCAUGCUCUGUAUAAGAGACUCUUGCACAAGUCAAAUCAUUUGUACUCAUCCUUUGUAACUGCCGAUGCUUUAAAAAUAAAAUUAAAAAGCUCAGCUGACGA